AUGGAGGCUUCAGGAUCUUCUUUCCAGUCUCAAGACGGCAGUGGAAUCCAUAGGGAAACAGAAAAUCUGGACUACCAAGAGACAGAGUUCCACAAGCAGGAUGAAAAGGCCCACGAACGAACUGAGAGAGACAAGUCUUCCUCCUCCUCAUCAUCCUCCUCUUCAUCUUCCUCCUCCUCCUCCUCUUCCUCCUCCUCCUCAGACAGCAGCGAUGAGGACCAGCACUCCAGAGGUCCCAGGGAACACCGAAGGAAGGCCCACAGGGACGGCUCUCCUGGUGCUGACCACGGGGAUCUGGAGGUGCUGAAGGAUGAGCUCCAGCUCUAUGGAGGUGCUGCUGGGGAAAUGGUGCUUGCUGGGGAGUCAGGUCUCCGAAGGAGAGGUUCCGGCUCAACGGGGGGAGAAGUGGAGGCCUCUCAGUUAACAAGGCUGAACAUAAAGAAGGACGAUGAGUUUUUCCAUUUCGUCCUCCUCUGCUUUGCCAUUGGAGCCUUGCUGGUCUGCUAUCACUACUACGCAGACUGGUUCAUGUCCCUCGGGGUUGGCCUGCUUACCUUCGCCUCCCUGGAGACCAUCGGCAUCUACUUCGGGCUGGUGUACCGGAUCCACAGCGUACUUCAGGGCUUCAUUCCCCUCCUGCAGAAGUUCAGGCUGCCAGGGUUCAGGAGAACUGAUUGAGAACUCUGUCUGAUGGCGUCUGAGCCAGUCCCUAAUGUGACCACUGUAACCACUGCCAUACCUGAGCCCAGAAGACAGAAUGCCAUGCUGGAAGACACCAGGAGGCCAUACCUGCAAUAAAGAGCUCUUUCCUUCCCUGUGGUCUCAGUGUUAGCACCAGUGGGCGUGUUCUCGCUCUGCAGAUUAACACACAGUCUCCAGGGCGACGAGAGAAGGGGUGGUAUCUAAAUGAGCAAG